AUGGGCUCGCUUCCUGAAGCAUCUAGCGCUGUCCGCGUUCUGAUUCUCGGAGGUUGUUAUGGUGGCCUAUCUGCUGCCGUCAAUCUGCUUGACCUGAGCCAGGGUUACUCUCCCCGCAUGAACUCGGAGCCUUACAUUCACCACCCUGAACUUCCUCAAUUUAACAUUGAGAUUACUAUCGUUGAUGAGAGAGAUGGUUAUUACCACACAAUCGGCUCUCCCUUGGCUCUUGCAGACUCUGCUUUCUCCGAGAAGAACUGGGUCAAGUAUUCUGAUAUUCUUGGCCUUAAGGACCCCAGCAUCAGCAUCAUCCAGGGCUCUGCAGUCAGUGUCGACCCUGAGACCAAGAGGGCUACAAUCUCUGCCCAUCUCACACAGGAGAAGACCACGCUUGAGUACGAUUACCUGGUUUCCUCAACUGGCUUGCGCCGUGUCUGGCCUGUCGUACCUCAGUCCUUGACUCGAAAGCAAUACCUUCUCGAGGCUGAGAACCAUAUAAACUCUGUACAGGAUGCCAAGUAUGGCGUCGUUGUUGUUGGCGGAGGUGCUGUUGGUAUUGAGAUGGCUGCCGAACUCAAAAUGGUCAAGCCUCAUCUGAACGUCACUCUAGUUCACUCUCGCGACAAGCUGCUCUCAUCUGAAGGCCUUCCUGACGAAACUAAGGAUGUUGCUCUUGAGUUACUUCGUGAGGCUGGCGUUAAGCCUCUGAUGAGCCACCGCGUGGCAGCCACAAACAAGGUCGAGACGAUUGACAAUACCGACAAGUACGAAAUUGAGUUCACCAACGGGCACAAGAUGUUUGCCAGCCAAGUCGUCAUGGCCAUCUCUAGGAGCGUUCCCACGUCCACAUAUCUGCCAUCGUCUGCACUGGAUAAGGAUGGGUUUGUCAAGAUCAAGCCUACCCUACAGCUCGAGGAGGGGACACCUAACGCCGACGUCCAUUACGCCGUUGGCGACAUCAACAACUGGCCUGGCAUUAAGCGGUGCGGUGGUGCCAUGCAUCACGGCCACUAUGCAGCUUUGAACAUCCACCAAAGCAUCCUCAGCCAUCGAGCCGGCCACGUCCCUGACUUCAAGGAGCUUGUCGUCUAUCCUCCUGUCAUCGGACUCGCAGUCGGCAAGAAGGCUGUGGCAUACGGCCCUGAAAGUGGCACCGUUUCUGGCGAGGAAGUUGCCCAUUCUUGCUUCAGAGACGACCUCGGUUGGACAAUUUGCUGGAACUACAUGCAGCUUGGUGGUCGCAAGACCGAUGAGGCCAAGGCUUAA